CUUUUCGAAAGGUCGCAGAUCUCGGUGCGACUUCUCAUUCACGACCAAGGGAUGCAGCUGCGCCACCUCUCGACGGUGCUGCCGCCGACCGAGGGCAUGUGCAAGGUGACCGCGAUCGCGUGGUCGCCCAACAACAGGCGGCUCGCGGUCGUGACGGUCGAGCGCGUCGUGCACAUGUUUGACGCAGCGACUGGCGAGCGCAAGGACAAGUUUUCGACCAAGCCCGCCGAGAAGGGCGACAAGAACUACACGGUGCGCGGGCUUGCGUUUUCGCCCGACUCGUCCAAGCUCGCGGUCGCGCAGAGCGACAACAUUGUGUUCAUCUACAAGCUCGGGCUCGAAUGGGGUGACAAAAAGUCCAUCUGCAACAAGUUUAUGCAAGCGUGCAGCGUCACGAGCAUGAUCUGGCCGACCGCGCACCCAAACGAGAUUGUGUUUGGCCUCGCCGAUGGCAAGGUCAAGCUCGGCCAAUUGCGCAGCAACAAGCCCGCGACCUUGUACGCGACCGGCAGCUACGUCUCGACGCUAUGCACCAACCCGGAAGGCACAGCGAUCCUCUCGUCGCACUAUGACCACUCGAUCUACCGCUUUAUCUUUGACGACGUCAACGGCGGCUCGAGCCAGACCAAGAUCGCAGUCCAUACGUGCGUGCCGUACGCGCUGUCGUGGGGCGAGUCGAUUCUCGCUGCCGGGAACGACCGCAAGGUCGCCUUCUACGACAAGGACGGCGGUCUCGUCCGUAGCUUCGACUACUCGAGCGACGACAAGUGCGGCGAGUUCACGACCAGCGUCUUCAACCCGACCGGCGACUCGGUCGUUGUCGGCAACUUCAACUCGUUUUACAUCUACAGCCACCACGUCAAGACCAACUCGUGGGAAGCUGUCGGUGUCAAGAGCAUUGAGAACCUCUACUCGGUCACGAGUCUUGGCUGGAAGUACGACGGGUCGCGGCUCGCGGUCGGCUCGGUCUGCGGCGCGCUUGACCUCUUUGACGCAUGCGUGCGGCGGUACCGCUACAAGGGCAAGUUCGAGUUCACGUACGUGUCGCUGAGCCAAGUGAUUGUCAAGCGCAUUGCGACCGGCCAGCGGGUCAUUGUCCGCUCGACGUUUGGCUGCGAAAUCACAAAGCUCAACGUCUUCCAAGACCGGUUCCUGGUCGCCAACACGAGCAGCACGCUCCUCGUUGGCGACCUCGAGACCUCCAAACUCUCGGAAGUCCAGUGGCAGUCGACCGGCGCCGAAAAGUACAUGUUUGAGAAUCCCGCCGUGUGCAUCAUCUACCAAGCCGGCGAGCUCUCGCUCAUCGAGUAUGGUCAAAAUGAGGUGCUUGGCUCGGUCCGCACCGAGCACCUGAGCUUGCACUUGCUCUCGGUGCGCAUCAACGAGCGCCCGAUCCUCUCCGAAGCGACCAAGUUGGUCUCGGACGACAACAAGAAGAUGGCGUUCCUUCUCGACUUGCAGACGAUCUCGGUCAAGGACCUCCACCUGCACGCGUCGACGACCGUCAACCACGAUGCGCGCGUCGACUGGCUCGAGCUCAACGCCCAUGGCAACCUGCUCCUCUUCCGCGACAAGCGCCGCCAACUGCACUUGUUUGAGAUGGACACGCAAACCCGGUCGACGCUGCUCAACUACUGCAACUACGUGCAGUGGGUGCCCGACUCGGACGUCGUUGUCGCCCAGAACCGCAACAACUUGUACGUAUGGUACAACAUUCGCAGCCCCGACAAAGCCACGAUUUACCAAAUCAAGGGCGACGUCGAGCAGAUCGAACGCGCGAAUGGCCGCACCGAAGUCAUUGUCGACGAAGGCAUGAACACGGCGAGCUACCAGCUCGACGAGUCGCUCAUCAACUUUGGGACCGCCAUUGACGACAAGCAGCUGCUCCGCGCCAUGGCGAUCCUCGAACCGCUCGAACUCACACCUGAGACCGAGGCCAUGUGGACGCAGCUGAGCGCCGAAGCCCUCAAAAGCAACGACCACCGGAUCGCCGAGCGCUGCGUCGCUGCACUCGGCGAUGUGUGCCGGUGCCGGUACCUCCGCAAGGUCAACAAGAUCGACUACAUGGAGCACGCAAAGAUGUCGGAGGGCAUGGUGCAUUGGCGCGUGCGCUCCAAGCUCGCGCUUCUCAAAAACGACUACCGCAGCGCCGAGCACAUCCUGCUCAGCCAAGGCCAAGUCGACGACGCGAUCGAAAUGUACCAGCUGCUGCAAAAGUGGGAAGACGCGAUCCGCGUUGCCGAGACGCGCAACCAUGCGUCGCUCGAUGCAAUGAAGCGGCAGUACGCCGAGUACCUCUUGUCGUCGCGCCAAGAAGAAAAGGCGGCCGUGCUCAAGGUCAAGGAAGGCGACUUCGCCAGCGCCGUCCAUCUCUACCUCAAGGGGGGCCUUCCGGCAAAGGCCGCCAACUUGCUCAACGAGCGCAACCUCGGGCGCGACCACCGCGCGCUGCUCGAGAGCGUCGCCGAUGCCCUGUAUGCCUCGGGCAUGUACGAGAAGGCCGGCGACCAGUUCGAGAAGAUGGAGGAGGAAGACCGCGCGCUCGCCGCGUACUUCAAAGCCAACGCCUUCCGGAAGGCCGUCGACCUCUCGCGCCGCGUCUUCCCAGACCGCGUCAUGAAGCUCGAAGAGAGCUGGGGCGACUACCUCGUGUCGCAGAAACAGAUGGACAUGGCCAUCAACCACUACAUUGAAGGCAACGUACCGACAAAGGCCGUCGAAGCCGCGCUCAACUCGCGUCAAUGGGCCAAAGCCGGUCAGAUGGUCGAGACGCUCGACGACGAGAUCGCGCUGCCCUACUAUAGGCGGCUCGCGCGCCAUUACCAAGACGCGCAGCAGUACGAAGCCGCGGAGCGCUGCUUCAUCAAGGCCGACGCGGCGCGGGACGCGGUCGAGAUGUACACGCGGGCCAACAAGUGGGAUGCAGCGUACCAAGUCGCGCUCAACCACAUGGACAAGUACGAGACCGAGCGCUUGUAUGUCGAGCAAGCGCACCGCAUGGAGCGCGCGGGCAAGCUCAAGGAGGCCGAGAAGCUCUUUUUGACGGUCAACGAGCCCGACUUGGCCAUCAACAUGUACAAGAACCACAAGAACUACGAGCAAAUGAUCCGACUCGUGACCAAGUACCGCAAGGACCUCCUCAAGGACACGCAUUUGUACCUAGCGCAGCAGCUCGAGCACGAAGGCAACUUCAAGGAGGCCGAGCACCACUUUGCCGAGGCGGGCGAGUGGCAAGCCGCCGUCAACAUGUACCGUUCCAACGACAUGUGGGACGAAGCCAUUCGCGUGGCCAAGUACCAUGGCGGUAUCAACGCCAGCAAGCGCGUUGCGUAUGCCUGGGCCAUGAGUCUCGGCGGCGAAGCCGGCGCGAAACUGCUCACGCGGCUCGGGCUCAUCGAGCCUGCGAUCGACUAUGCGAUCGAGAGCGGUGCAUUCGAGCACGCGUUCGAACUCGCUCGGAGCUGCGCGCCCAAGAAGGUACCCGAGGUGCACCUCAAGCACGCGCUCUUUCUCGAGGACGAAGAGCGGUUUAAGGAAGCCGAAGAUGAGUUUAUCAAGGCGUGCAAGCCACGCGAAGCCGUCGACAUGUACAUUCAUCAACAAGACUGGGCGAAUGCGAUGCGGGUGGCCGAGACCGCGGACCCGGCCUCGGUCUCGGACGUCUUUGUGGCCCAAGCGCGGCUCUGGGUCGAGCGGAAGGAGUACGCCCGUGCCGAGAGCUUUUUUCUCAAUGCCGGCAAGCCCGAGAUGGCGCUGGCCGCGUACAUGGAAGGCCAGCUCUGGUCGGAUGCGAUGCGCCUCGCCAAACGUCAUCUCCCGCACAAGCUGAGCGAAGUCAACAUGGCCCACCAGCGCGCAAUCUUCUCCGGAGGGCCCAAGUCCAAGGAAGAGCUGCUCGAAGCGUGCGAGAUCUGGGUCAGCUGCCAGCAGUAUGUCCAGGCCAUCGAUGCGUACCUCUCGAUCACGCUCGACCAGCUCGAUAACCCGAGUGGACUCGAAGAGAUCUGGGGCCUUGCGGUCGAGCUGGCCUCCAAGCACGACCGCGGCCGCUUCAAGAGCGUUGUCGAGGAGGUCGCGUCCCGGCUUCUCUCCAUGUCCAUGUUUGACGCCGCCGCCAACUACUUCAAGGCGAUCGACAAGAUGUCGGAGGCGCUCGACUGCUACCUCCGCACGAGCAACUGGGUCGCGGCGCAAAAGCUCUGCGAACAGCACGCCCCGGAGCUGCUCCCGCGCCUCGAGCGCGCGCAGCACGCCUCUGCAUUUGGCAACAGCGACGCCAAGCCGCAAGAAAAGGCGUCGGCCAAAGACGACGUCAAGGAAGCCAAAGACUCUGCCCGCGCGCCGGAAGCCAAGGCCGAGGCCAAAUCGUCGUCCGAGGCGGCCAAUGCGCUCGAUGUGUGGAUGCAGCGAGGCGAGUGGGACAAGGUGCUUUCGUCGGCGGCCAAGCAUGGCCCAAAGGCCCUCGCCAAGUACUUGGUGUUGCGCUGUACGCGGCUGCUCGAGCACGACGACGCCGAUGCAGCCAUCGCUGCGUUCACGACGUACGGUGUCCCACUGGUCGACGACACGCUGCCAGUCGUCGAGCGCGUCGUGGCCAAGUGCCUGGGCUGCCCCGUCGCCGUCGAGCCGACGCCCGAGCACGCGGUGAACGUUGCGUCGCUGGUCAAGGUGCUUCGAAAGCUCGUCAAGGAGAUGAAGGCGACGAAAGAGGUGUCGCCGGCGCAGAUCGCGACGAUGGAGCAGUUCUUACUCAUUGCGCACUACACGUCGUUCAAGUACCAAGCGCAAGCAUCGGGCCUCCACGAUAUUGCGUGCAAGAUUGGCAUGUCGCUGCUGCGGUACAUCACCGUCUUGCCCGCCGACAAGCUCUUUUACUUGGCGGGGGCCGGCUGUCGCGAUAAAAAGUGGCUCAGCCCUGCGUUCGUCUUCUUCAACCGGUACCUCGACUUGACCGAAGCGAUCGACGACGGCAACAUGAACAGCUUGGACAACUCGGACUUCCUCGGUACGGACAUCCCGCGGGAUUUCCCUCUCCCGGACGAGCAGUACCUCCCGGACGAAGCUGCGCGCGAAGAGAUUCGCGACUGGGUGCUCACAAUCUCGAUGGACCAGCAAGUGCAAGAGAAGCUCCCGGAGCGGCCGUGCCCCAACUGCCAAGCGUCCAUUUACGAAGGCAGCUUGCACUGCACCGAGUGCAAGGCCAAAUUUGAGCCGUGCAUCAUCACGGGCUUCCCGGUCGUUGCGAAAAUGACGGUCAACUGCACCAACUGCAAGGCGAUUGCCGAGCGCGAGAGCUGGAACAAGUGGAUCAAACACUUUGGCGCAUGCGGCUGGUGCGCCGCGCCCCAAAAGCUCAGUUACUAGGCGUGAAAUGACAUAUUGUACAUUGUACACAUUUGCA